CCUCACUGCUGCCGGAUUCCUCACAUAUCGAUUGGACGACAUAUAUCCUCUACUAGCUAGCCUUGCAGGUGCUCCGUGCAAACCCUAUCCAGCUGGUAGUGGUAAAGAAGAGGAUCAUGGAGGGCGCGGCGCAGACCCUGGUGAGCAAUUUCGGGGUUCUGGUCGGUGAGGAGUUGCAGAAGCUCCGAGGCGUGGGCGGCGAGGUUGCUCAACUGAGGGACGAGCUGGCCACCAUGAACGCGCUCCUCCGCAUGCAGUCGGAAGCAGCGCCGGGCGCCGUGGACCACUUCCUACGGGAGUGGAUGAAGCAGCUGCGAGAGCUCGCCUACGACGCCGAGGACUGCGUCCACCUCUACACGUUCCGCGUACGGUGUCGCCCGGGCGACGGCUUCCUCGUCCGCUCCAGGCGCCUGCUCGGGACCCUUAUGCCUCGCCGCCGCCUCGCCGCCGACAUCACGGCCCUCCGUGCCCGCGCGGCCGCCAUCAACGAGCAACACUCUCGUUACGGCGUCAGCCUCGAGCCUCUGAGAUGCCCUCCCCUUCCUUUGGCCCACGUGCCGGCGACGGCGGUGGUGGCGCUCCGCCCUGCAGCCGCUAGCGGCGACCCCAGUCAUCAUCAUCAGCUCGUCGGCUUAAGGAGCCAGGCUGACACCCUGGCGGAGAUGGUGAGGAAGGCGGUGACGACUGGUAAUAAAGAAGAUGCAGCAGGGCCGCCUUUCUCUGACACGCGGCUAAAGGUGUUCUCCAUUGUGGGCUUCGGAGGGCUCGGGAAGACGACGCUGGCCAUGGAAGUGUGCCGCCGCCUGGAGGGGGAGUUCCAGCGCCAGGCGCUAGUGUCCGUGUCCCAAGCCUUCGACGGCGCCAAGGAUCUCAAGGGACUUCUGAAACGAGUGCUGCAGCAGAUCGUGAACCCGGCGGUGGGUGAUGACGAGGGCAUCAAAGAAGAGGAUAACGUCGGGAACAUCGAUACCAUGGACGAGGACAGGCUGGCUGCAAAGCUCAAAGAGACUCUCAAGAACAAGAGGUACCUCAUUGUGAUCGAUGAUAUUUGGAGCGAAGCAGCCUGGGAUGCAAUCCAGUGUGUGUUACCAGAUAACAACUGCGGUAGUAGAAUCAUUGUGACCACUCGGAUAUAUACUGUUGCCAGAGCAUGCAGUCAUGGUAGUGAUUGCAUCUACCAUAUCAAGGCCCUCAGUGCUGAAGACUCCAAGAAGCUAUUCCUUAGCAGAGUAUUUGGCUCCACAAAUGGCGCUUGCCCUAGGGAGAUUGAAGAUGCCAUGCAAAAAAUCUUAAGAAAAUGUGGUGGGCUGCCACUGGCAAUUGUAAGCAUUGCCAGCCUCUUGGCUAGCUACAAAUCUCCUGAAAGCAGACAUAUGUGGGAAACAGUUUUAAAAUCAAUUGGUUCACACAUGGAGAGCCAUCCCACCCUUGAGGGGAUGCGACAGAUAGUUGUGCUUAGCUACGACCACCUGCCUCAUCACCUCAAGGCUUGCAUGAUGUAUCUUAGCAUUUUCCCAGAGGAUUUUGUGAUCGUCAAGGAGAGGCUGUUGAGGAGAUGGAUCGCCGAAGGAUUGGUCGCCGAGAAGCGGGGUUUGACAUCGAUGGAGGUUGCAGAAGGCUACUUCAGUGAGCUGGUGAGUAGAAGCAUGAUUGACCGGGCUGCCGAUAUAGUCACCUACUAUGAUGGGAGAGAGGAGACGUGCCGGGUGCACGACAUGAUGCUUGAGGUCAUGGUAACCAAAUCGCUGGAGGCGAACUUUGUAAGCCUGAUAGGUGGGCAGUACGAAGGGAUGACUUAUGAUAGGGUUCGCCGCCUCUCCAUCCAUGCCGGAGAAGGGCCAUCAUCGACAUCAAUGUCGUCCAAGAAAACCGCAGCAGGGAUGAAUGUGCAGCAUGUUCGAUCACUAAGUAUGUUUGAGUUUGAAGGGCACCAUCUGCUUAGUCGGCUAGGUGAGUUCACCCUGCUAAGGGUACUUGACCUCCAAGACUGCCAGGGCCUAGGGAAAAGAAACAUGGCUUGCAUCUGCCGAAUGUACCUUCUCAGGUUCCUCAACUUGAGGGGUACAGAUAUCAGCGUGUUGCCUCCAGAAGUUGGUCAGCUAGAGCACUUGCAGACGCUCGACGUGCGCCUUACGUUCCUCAAAGGUCUACCAGAGACCGUGACGGAGCUGGAGAACCUUGAGAGCCUGCAGUUCUCCAACAAGGAAGAUUACUGGAGCUUCCACUGGGAAGCGCCCAGGGGCCUAAGGAAAAUGAAGGCACUGCGCAAGGUGAACAAUGUGGUUGUCACAUCCAGCACUGAGGUCGCCAAGGAGAUCGCCGAGUUAAGGCAACUGCAGGAGUUAACUAUGUUUGUUCCCAGUGGCAUUCCUCGGGAUGUUGCGGAAGCGCUUGAUCACUCCCUCAGCAGGCUAUACUCCCUCCGAUUCCUCAACGUUGAAAUUACCAGCAAUAGAGAGGAAGAGAACUUUCUACACCGCCUCGAAUCACGUUCGCCACCAAGGCUCCUCAGAUACCUGAGGAUGUGUGGUUCCCUUGGUGACCGUACUCUGACGCACUGGGUUGGGUUGCUGACUAAUCUUGUUGAGUUUGUAAUAGCUUGGGCAUACCUUCGUGGUGACACCCUAUUCGACGUCCUGUGUAAGUUGCCCAACCUGAAGAAGCUCACCCUUGAGACAGACUUCUACGCAGAUACAGAGAUAGUUGCAAGGACAACCCAAUCCUUUCCGGUGCUUACGGAGCUGAGGAUGUUCAAUAAUCAUGGAAUUCCUGCAGUUUACCGGUUCGAGGAAGGAUCCAUGCCAAAGCUAGAGACCCUCGCGCUAAAAUUUUAUGUCGGCCAGCAGAGCAUAGUUGGAAUCGAGCACUUAACCAACCUUAAAGAGGUGCAGUUCACUGGAGAGAAAGACAACUGGGCAAUAGUGGAAGAUGAACUGAAGAAGCUCAAGGAAGAGAAUGCGAGGCGCAAGCGCAACGGCUCCUAUCAGUUGAUAGUUAAAGUGAGGUAUGAGUGAUCGUUGUGCUUGCUGCAGCCUGCAGGAUGGUGUUGUUGCUGAAUUUAUUAAGCGGCGCUGAGUUCUUGAUGGAUGCUUUCUUGAAAAAUGGAGUGUUCGUGAAGAAAUUAUGUAUAGUUGGUUCUCUCUCGUCAUGUAAAACUGGAUUACUCGGUGGUUAAUUUUUGUAUUUUCUUAUUAGAGCAUCGUCCUGAUUUUGUUUUGCCCUUUCUGCAUUGAUGUAGUAGUGCCAUUUUUCUCGCCGUUCCAAACCUUUGCAACGAUAUCGAAAAAACCAUCAUGAAGUAAUCUAAUUCAAAUUUGAACAUCAGUUCACCAUC